AUGGCAGCUAGAAAUCGCAGAAGGAACAACAAGAAAAAAUCUCUUUUGAGUAAGAGUGGCGUCCAAGAGAACGAUGCGACGUAUUUAUUUCUUGCAGAAGAACUGCAUGAAAACAUUACCGACUUAAACAUGGGUUCAGAAGAAGCCCCCAUUGAGGCCCGCGAGAAUUCAAUUCCAGCCAAGGAGUUCAAACAUUUGCAGAAGCAAGCAUUGCAAAAGUUAGAGCCGAUAGACGAACACGAAGACGGCGAUGAUGAGUUUUCACUGAAACUCAAGUCGGUGACAAAAUGUUCGGGUCCCAUCACCGAAGCUGACGUUCAGAAGCUGUUGUUAAGCUAUGCCUUCACGAGCGGCUUGAUACAGGAAGACGAAAACGAAAACGAAAACGAAUCGCGCGGCCAACUCAUUACAACAUCGUCCUCAUCUGGUUCUUCGUUGUCCACCUAUUUUCAUGCUUUCCUCGAAAGAUGCAAGAAGUUUUUCUAUAACUUGAGCCUACGGAUAAUAGAGAAAUAUAGAGCUGUGCAAGAUAGCCUGUACGAGGUCUUUUGGAUUAUCAUCAUAUAUUUAAACUACUGGUUUCCCGAUGUGGGACACUACAUGAGGUAUGUCAACUGGAAGUUCUCCCCCAAUAAUGCAACUGCCACUUUACUAACAUGA